AUGGUCGACGACACGGGCGCCACCGAGGCCCGUGGGGACGGGCUGCUGGGGUUCCCACUUCCGCCACCAGGGAUUCGCUCCCUGCCGUGGUGGUUUCCUGUGCAGGAGCUGAGGAACCCGCUGGUGUUUUCUUUGGAGGCGUGGCUGACCAACUCCAUCUUCGGCCCAGACCGAGCCGUGGUUCCGGAAAUGGAGUGGAUGAGCCAGGCCCUGCUGACGGUGGACGCAGUUCAUGCCGGGAAGUUGGUGGAAAUCACCGUCUUUGGGCGGCCAGCUGUCCAGCGCCGGGUGAAGAGCGUGCUCCUGAGCCUGGCGUCGAGUCACCGGGAGCAGCGCGCCCGAGCUGACAACAUGGAACAACUCGAGUUCUUGAAGGCCCGGGCACCAUGUCCCCAGAUCCCGCAGAGUACUGUUGCAUAA